CCCGAAAGGAAGCGCAGGAAAAGGAAGCCCAGCAGAAAGCCGCGGACGAGGAAGCAAAGCAAAGAAAAGCCAACACACCAAAAGCGGGCGAGUUCACGGACACAAAGGAAGCCCAGACACCGGCGAAUAGCGCUCACGAGGUGGGGACGAAGCCGCCAAGCUUUGGGAUGGACCUGCAACCGGGUGAGGCGGGUGCAACUACGCCUGCAAAAGCUGGAUCGACGAGCCCGCGGGGGGGUUUGCAACAGAAAGAAUCGGAUAAGAACAACCCACCUGUUCAGGGUAGCGAUUGUGAUGAAGAUUCCGACGGCAGCACGGCCUCCGGCCCAGCCAGCGAACUCGCAGUUGAGAGUUCAUGCGCCAGCAGUGAUGACGAAGAAUUGUGUCGCCGAACCCUCGCCUCCCGCCGCAACGCGAAUUUGCGCUGCACCUACACCAGCC